UUUUGCAAGAAAAAGGGUGUAGGGACAGUCUUCAUUUAAUGGAAAGGAAAUGAAUCUAUUAUCCAUCUUAUUAAUUUAUAAUGGAAUUUUAAUUCUGUUCCUCUGUCUCAAAAUAGACCAGAAUGAAGAAUUCAUUGAAAACCGUAAUUCCUUGAAAUCAAAUGAAAAUCAAGAGAAUUCAUUUUUGAUAGACUUUGUUAAUUCCACACUUGAGAAAUCAAAGGAAAGCCAAGUAACUACUGAUGAUCUUGAAGAGGAAGAGGAGAAAGCUGACCUGAGUAUGAGUGAAGACGUAACAGUUGAUCCACCACUAUUGAAAUCUCAGAGUCUCUUACUAUCUACCAAUGCAACUGAGUCUGCAAAGAAAACAAUUGAAGAUAGAAAUAUGAAGAAUAAAAAGUCAACAAAUAAUAGAGCAUCCAGUGCCUCGGGCAGAUUAAUGACCUCUGAGUUUUUAAAGAAUUCUAGCUCUAUAAGGAGAACAUCGAAAACUACCUCUUCUCAGUAUUUAGGAACUUUGAAAGUCUUGGACCAAAAGCCCUCACAGAAACAGAACAUAGAACCUGACAGAGCAGAUAACAUAAGGGCAGCUGUUUAUCAGGACUGGUUAGAAAAGAAAAAUGUGUAUUUACAUGAAAAGCACAGAAUUAAAAGGAUUGAAAGUGAAAACUUAAGGAUCCAAAAUGAUCAGGUAUUGUGAAAUAUAAAGUGAAA